AUGGCAAGUCUGAUCAAUCAUGUGACCCAAGGAACCUGCUGUUUCACAGGAGCCACGGUGCUAGAAAGCUCUCGUAAGACUACUGAUUCUAGCACUGCAGGAAGCAACCAACUGUUGCCACCAAAUUCCCGGCGUGCCACUGUUCCGAUCUCGAAGCUGCCGCGCUGCGAAUCCAAGGGUCUUGUUUCGCCAGUCCCUCUCUCACGCUCUCGCCAGUGCCAGUUACGCCAUUCGUCAUUCUUCGCUGGAGAAACGAACGAUCGCUUCAAGCUUUUGACCGAUUGUUCGGCAUGUCUGGACGAGGGUUUAGAGAAAGCGCAAGCAACGAGAAAGGCUAAUGCUGUUCCGUGCAGAGUAAGGUCCCAAGCGGCGAUUAAUCCCCAUGAAGACUUUAGGGGACGCCAGCAGGAUGGGCUGUCGGUGGUUUGGAGGGAAACUAGACGGUCGCUGAGAAAGAUUUCGCCCAAGGGCGUCGCAGGGGAGCUCAUCAAGCUCGCCAUCCCUGCUGUCAUCGCCGGAUUGGCGGAGCCUGUCGCGCAGCUCACGGAGACCGCAUUCAUUGCACGAACCGGAGCCGUGAGCCUCGCGGCCAUUGGCGUGUCUAUCUCUGUGUUCAACCUCGUCUCAAAGGUCUUCAACUUCCCCCUUCUCAACAUUACCACCUCCUUCGUCGCUGAGGAUGGCGAAGCCAGAGCGAAAUCAGCAGCAACAUCAGCGUCAGCAUCAGCAGGAGUGGUGGGUGAGAAGCGAGUGGUGCCAGCGGUGUCAGCGGCGCUGCUGGUGGGCGCCAUCCUUGGGAUUGUCGAGGCUGUGGUGCUCGCCUCUGCUGCUGCGCCCAUUCUCGGUGCCAUGGGCGUCUCUGCGACAUCGCCCAUGCGCGGCCCAGCGCUGCACUACCUCUCUCUCAGGGCGCUGGGCGCGCCUGCUGUGGUGCUGGCUCUGGCCACUCAAGGAGUGUUCCGGGGCUUUAAGGACACUCGCACUCCGCUCAUCGCUCAAGUGGGAGGCAACAUCGUCAACAUUGCCCUAGACCCUGUCCUCAUGUUUGCAUGCGGGAUGGGAGUCAGCGGGGCAGCCUUCGCCACAGUGACAGCGCAGUACAGCAUUGCAGCCUUCAUGCUGUGGCAGCUGAGUCAACGCGUGGUGCUCAUGCCUCCCCGCUUGUCCGACCUCAAGCUCGACCGCUUUCUCAAGUCAGGCGGACUCCUCCUGGGUCGCACGCUCGCUCUGCUCUGCACCAUGACCCUCGCCACCUCCAUGGCAGCGCGGCAGGGCCACACGAGCAUGGCAGCGCAUCAAAUCGCUAUGCAGAUCUGGCUUGCUGUUUCUCUCAUGUCCGAUUCGGUGGCGCUUGGUGCUCAGACCAUGCUGGCAUCAGCUUUCGCGCGGCACGAUGCGCGGAGGGUGAGGAGGAUCGCCUUGCGCGCCACACAGAUGGCUCUGCUCAUGGGGGUCACCACCGCCGCCCUGCUCACCCUCGCCACGCCCUACAUCCCGCGCGCCUUCACAUCCGACCACACCGUUCAGAAGGCUCUCACGUCUCUCAUGCCGUUCGUGGCAGCCACACAGCCCAUCACGUCACUUGCCUUUGUCUUCGACGGGUUACACUACGGCGCCUCUGACUUUGCCUAUGCCGCCACUGCCAUGAUCACAGUGAUGCCCCCCAUAGCUGGAGUACUGGCCUAUGCCCCAAAGGUCAUGGGCAUCCAUGGCGUGUGGGUCGGCCUCACUCUCAUCAUGACUGCACGCAUGCUCAUCGGCUUGGGAAGGGUGUGCACAGCCAGCGGUCCUUGGCGCAUACUCAAAGAGGCUCCUGACUCACAUGCCUCAUAA